AUGAAUAACAAUAACAACAACAAUAACAACGGUGAUAAAGACGCCCUACGCUUGGAAAUAGCUAGACUCACAGCAAAUCAAAGAGAACUCAUCCGUAUUUCAUAUCAAUCGCUGGAAGCCGAAUCUACUAAGAAUGGAAUGGAUCUGUUUGUGAAACUUUUCGCGGAAUUUCCGAACUAUAAGAAUAUUUGGCCGCAGUUUCAUGAGGUCGCGGACAGCUCCCUAAUAUUCUCUGAUAAACUGCGGAAUCACGCCAAGGUCUAUAUGGCGGGACUGAAGAGAAUCGUUGACGUGCUGGAUGAUAAUGAGAAGUUGAUCGAAACCACAACCAAGAUCGCUGGUAGUCACUUGAAGUGGAACAUCUGUAAAUUUCACAUUGAGCAUAUGGUACCAGGAUUAUUGGAAGUGCUGAGCAUCUGCAUGGGAGGGAAGAUAAACCAAGACGUGUGUGAAGCAUGGCAAACACUUUAUGACAUCAUUGGAAAUAUGGUUAAUAUACAGAAAAGAGCUCAAAAAAUGAUUCAAUGA